UCCACAUCAGUCCAGUGAAGAACCAGACGUUUAUGGCUAUUCCUGGCUGUCCUAUGUGGAACGAUUUUCCAGCGCUGCCGGGCGUGUUUAUGCACUAGAUUUACCAAUAACUCUCAGCUCCACCUGCCCUAGACUCGACAGCUUUAUUAUUUCGUGAUGGCGGCGAGUGCCAAACGAAAACAGGAGGAGAAACACUUGAAGAUGCUUCGGGAGAUGACCAGCCUGCCUCCCAAUAGGAAAUGCUUUGAUUGCGAUCAGCGCGGCCCGACCUACGCCAACAUGACAGUGGGCUCGUUUGUGUGCACCACCUGUUCCGGGAUACUACGAGGCCUCAACCCUCCACACAGAGUGAAGUCCAUCUCUAUGACAACUUUCACCCAACAGGAAAUCGAGUUCUUACAAAAACACACCAAUGAGGUCUGCAAGCACAUCUGGCUGGGGUUGUAUGAUGACAAGAGCUCCGUGAUCCCAGAUUUCCGUGAACCUCAGAAAGUCAAAGAGUUUCUUCAGGAGAAAUAUGAGAAGAAAAGAUGGUAUGUUCCCCCAGAACAAGCCAAGGUGAUCGCUUCUGUGCAGGCCUCAAUAUCUGGUUCAUCUGCUAGCAGUACCAGUAGCACUCCAGAGGUUCUUCCCCAGCCCCUCAAAACCCUGCAUCUUACCAAGACUCCAUCCAACCAGUCCCCAGUGACCAUUCGUGUUCAGGCCCAGUCUGCAGGCCUGGAGAAGAAGUUUGACCUCCUCUCUGACUUGGGUGGAGAUAUUUUUGCUGCCCCUCAAGCUCAAACUGCCAGCUCCUCAAACUUUGCUAAUUUUGCACAUUUUAACAGGCCCUCAGCACAAAAUAAUUCCACCACAGACUUUGCCAACUUUGAUUCCUUUGGAAGCGCCAGUGUACCGUCACAUUUUGGCACAUCACCCCCCUCAAAGCCUUCCCUUCAACAACCCCACACAGGUGGAGGCAUAUCCAUACCUCCACUACCCAGUAUGGCUCCUGCCCCGCCUCUGAGCAGUUUAUCAACAGAGGACCGUUACGCUGCCCUGGCUGAGCUUGACAGUGCCCUCAGUUCAACAGUUACAACUGGAAGCGUACAAGCUGUGUUUGGAGGCGUUCCAGGAGCUGCUGCACCUCCAGCUCAGUCAGGACUACCUAACAUGCAACAGGGUUUUGCAGCUGCCCCCUCCACAAACCCAUUUGUGGCUGCUGGAAUGGUUCAGGAGCCCAUGUCCACAAAUCCAUUCCAAACCAACGGAAGAGCAGCAGCCUCAGCCUCAUUUGGCACUGGCUCCAUGAGCAUGCCAGCUGGCUUUGGGAACACAACCAGUUACUGCCUGCCAACCAGUUUUAGUGGGACCUUCCAGCAGCAAUUCCCUGGCCAAGGUCCCUUUCCCCCACCUGCAGCCUACCACCAACAGCCCAAUGGGGGCUUUCCAGCCUACGGACAGGCCAAACCUAUGGGCAACUAUGGGCAGGCGGUCACAGGACCUGGCAUCUCCAGUAACCCAUUCAUGGGCGGAGGUCCGGCGGGACCGUACCCCACAGGAAGUUCCUCCACAAACCCCUUUCUUUAAAGCGCUUUUUACGCCACAUCUCAGCAGCGUCAUGCACACAUUCCACAUCACCAAUGCUCUAAAACAUUAUCUUCAAGAAUCUGAAAGUAUUCAGAUUUUGUAUUUACUGCACUGAGUCUUCGACAUUUCUAGAGAAAGAGCUGUGGAUACGCAGGUGACGGUCUUCCCCACCCAUCUGUGUAUUCUGGACAAAACUCCACGAUUGUCCCUCCUCAUUUAUGCCUUCGACUCAAUAAGUAAUGUUUUAUGCCUAGAAAGUAAGCUCCUUGUGCAUAUCAGCAUUUGUAAUCCUUUUAAAAACAUGUUAUUCACAAAGAGAAACUGUGACAGGACAGCAGAACACAAUGGUGUCUAGGGAUGCUGUGAUUUAGCUGUACAAACAACUUCAGUUUGUCCUUCGCACCUGCUCUUGCAGAAAUGUUUCGUUCUGUUGAGGCCAAAACACAUUGUGAGGAAUAGAUGCCACUAAUCGCCUCAAGGAGGUAAGAAAACAUGGUUUGGAUUAAAACCUGACACCUACUGUAAGGGCAGAGGAGCUCAGCACAAGCGGCUAUGUAGAUAAAGUAGGUGUCUACAGCACAAAAGGACCGAAGUAGAUGUAAGUGGUAGAUUUCGCUUUUCUAUGAUCUCCUCUCUGGGUCUCUAUAGCUGCACCUUGGGAAAUUGGCAGGUCUGACCUGCGGUGAUCUCCGUCGAUGGAUUUUUGACAUUACAGGUAUACAAGUUAAUGUGUACAUAUAUAAAUAUAUGUAUAAAAUAUUAAAUGAUUUUUAACUACUGUGUUACAUGCAUCUGUUUGUGUGUGGGUUUUUACUGUACUUCACUGAAAAUUGCUUGAGUUUUUAGGUUGUUCUAAAUGAUAUGCAUGGUUACAAUGUUAAUAUCUCCCACCCUACACUGCUGGACAAAAGUUUGGAAUA